UCUUAAUUUGGUGAUUUUGUCCAAUCUCCAUAUCUUAUUAACAAUGAGUGAUCCCUCCUACUCCUACUCCAUCAAUGGCUCUUUUGGUCUCUACCCUCUUCACAAUCACCACUACUUCUCUUCUUCUUCUUCAUCAUCUUCUUCUUCUUCUUCUUCUUAUGAUCAUCACUUCUACUCUCUUUCCUACUCCAACAAUGAUCAUCAAACCCUAAAAAACAGCUCCUUUUUCACACCCCAUCAAUUAUUUUCCCCUCCCAAUUCCUCCCCACAAGUCCUUCCCCUCCUAAGCUUAAGCCCUGCCAGAAAUGUUGAUCAAGAUCACCACCAAUCCUCCUCCUCCUCCAUGGAGAUUUCCAAGCAAGAUCAUGAUGAGAGCAGUCAUGUUACUGUGGCUUUGCAUUUAGGGCUUCCAACUCCUCCUUCUGAUCUGAUCUUGAGGCUUUCUUCCACAGAGAUCUCAGACAAAGAAGAAGAGGAAGUGGAAGAGGAAGAAGAAGAUGAAGAUCAGGAAGAAGAAGCUGCUCCUGUGGUUCCCAAUUACUCCUCCUCACUCAACAAAGGCCAGUAUUGGAUUCCCACUCCUGCACAGAUUCUCAUUGGCCCCACUCAGUUCUCUUGCCCUCUUUGCUUCAAAACCUUCAAUAGAUACAACAACAUGCAGAUGCACAUGUGGGGGCAUGGAUCUCAGUACAGGAAAGGGCCACAGUCGCUAAGAGGAACACAGCCAACAGCGAUGCUGCGGCUGCCGUGCUACUGCUGCGCCCCUGGGUGCAGAAACAACAUCGACCAUCCCAGAUCGAAGGCGCUGAAGGACUUCAGAACCCUUCAGACACACUACAAGAGAAAGCAUGGGAUGAAGCCCUUCAGCUGCAGGAAAUGUGGGAAGGCGUUUGCUGUGAGAGGGGACUGGAGAACCCACGAGAAGAACUGUGGCAAGCUCUGGCACUGCACUUGUGGCUCUGACUUUAAGCACAAGAGAUCCCUCAAGGACCACAUUAAGGCCUUUGGCCAUGGCCAUGCUGCCUAUGGCCUCGCCAAUGCCAAUGCCAAUGCAACUCACUCCUUUCACGAUCAUUUGGAUCAUCGUCACCACCCUCCUCCUUUUGAUACAUCAUAAUUAAUAUAUAAUAAUCUUUUCAUUUCUCAUCGUCUCUAUCAUGUUCAUUAUUAUUAUUAUGUGUGAAUUUUUGC